AGUCUUCUAGACGCCGGCGUUGCGACGCUAUGGACAAGCGUAUUUUCUCUUCAUUUCUCUCCGGCUUCAUUUUAGCUUCAAUCUUUUUCUCUUUAAUUAGCCUAAUCAACUUUGAAGCACUACCAGAAAAACGUCUACCAUCUGCAGUGAUUAUGGGAGUAAGAAAAUGCGGAACAAGAGCUCUGCUACAAUUUUUGAGUCUGCACAGGGACAUCGAAAUCGCAAAAGAGGAAGUCCACUUCUUUAAUCGGAAAUGGAGCAACGGGCUAGAUUGGUACCUUUCUCAGAUGCCAACAGUUAAACGCCAUCAAAUAAGUGUAGAAAAGACACCUGGAUAUUUCAUAUCUUUUCAAGCUCCUUCAAGAAUAUAUGCGGUGAAUUCUGCCGCAAAAUUGCUGCUGAUAGUCAGAGAGCCAGUUGCAAGAGCCAUUAGUGAUUACACACAAAUAUUUAAUAAUCGUUUAGCAAGGAAUAAGUCUAAAUUGGCCGAGUUCGAUAAUCUAGCUAUAAAGAAUGGACGCGUUAUGGGAAAUUAUAAACCGAUAUCAACUUCCAUUUAUCAUCUACAUAUAAGAAAGUGGUUGGAUAUAUUUAAUCCAAAUUCUAUACAUAUUAUUGAUGGAGAUAAUCUCAUUCGUAAUCCUUUAGAAGAAUUGCGGAAAGUUGAAAAAUUUCUACAACUUGAUCCUUUUAUUAAUAACAGUAUGAUUUAUUAUAACUCGACAAGAAAAUUCUAUUGUAUGAAAAAGGAUAGUAAGAACAUAUGCCUAGGAUCUACAAAGGGAAGAUCUCAUAGACCCGUCACUAACCAGACGAUAGAAACUCUAAAAAAAUUUUAUUAUCCUCACAAUAAGGAAUUUUUUAAAAUUGUUAACAGGACUUUUAGUUGGAAUUGAAUCAAUUUUUCUCUUUAUUUACUCUCUUGAUUUAAUCUUCAGUUCUCCUUUUUUUUCGCUCCUCUCUUUCUUUCUUAAAGAUUUUCUCAAUUUUAAGAGAAAAGCAUUUUUUGGUAUAGAG